AUGCCGUUCGGACUAAAGAAUGCUAAAGCGACGUACCAGCGGCUCGUGAACAGGGUGUUCCGGAAGCAGAUCGGACAGAACUUUGAGGUAUACUUAGAUGAUAUACUCAUUAAAUCACUUCGAUCGACCAAUCUGUGCGCUGAUAUAGAGGAAACCUUCCAGAUGCUGAGAACGUACGGAGUCAAGCUGAACCCCCAGAAGUGUCUGUUCGGGGCCAAAGGUGGACGCUUCCUGGGCUACAUCAUCACCGAGCAUGGUAUUGAGGCGAAUCCCAGCAAGGUGAAGGCAUUGCAGGAUAUGCCACCACCCAGAAAUCUUAAGGAGUGGGAUGAAGAAUGUGACCGAGCGUUCGAAGCUUUGAAGGUUUAUCUGAACUCCCUGCCUGUAUUAGCUAAGCCAAUUAUCAGCGAGCUGCUCCGCCUCUAUUUAUCAUCGACCGAGCAUGUUGUUGGCUCGGCGUUGGUUCGAUCGGACGGCGGAGAACAACCAGUGUAUUUUCUUAGUCAUAUUUUGAAGGAUGUCGAAUCCCGCUACACUGGUCUCGAGAAGCUUGCUUUCACAUUAGUUCUCGCUGCUCAGAGGCUCCGGCCUUACUUCUUGGCACACACGAUAAUCUACCAACCUCGAGCAGCGAUUAAGGCGCAGUCCUUAGCAGAUUUCAUAACUGAAGUACGGAACCCCGAGCCAGCAGCUUUGUGGAAAAUAUUUGUGGAUGGGUCGUCCACCCGGCUCGGAAGUGGAAUCGGUAUCUUGUUACUUUCUCCUCAAGAAGAGCGGAUGCAUCUAGCCGUCCGGCUGGAUUACCGAGCGACAAAUAAUGAAGCUGAAUAUGAGGCCCUCAUAGCCGGGUUGCAGGCUGCUAGACAUGUAGGGGUCGGUCGGGUGGCCCUCUACUCGGACUCUCAGCUCGCGGCUCAGCAGCUUUCAGGAGCCUUCGAAAUAAACAACACGCGACUCAAGCUCUAUGCGGACGCUUUCGAGAAGCUCAAAGCUAACUUCGAGGAAGUUGUCAUACAGAAGGCUCCCCGGACAGAGAAUCAUAUGGCAGACGAAUUAGCUAAACUCGCGAGUUCAAUAUCGCUGAUCGUCAUCCAGCAACCGAUCGAGCAUGUAUCUCUGGUGGCACACAUCGACAGAAUGGAAGGUCUCACAUUCCCGAGCGAUUGGAGAACGUGCAUAAUGGAAUUUUUACGCUCUGGAACUACACCUCCCGAUCGGGAGGAGGCCCAGGUACUGAGAAGAAGAGCUAGUCGAUUCACCCUCAAAGGGGACCAGCUCUACAAGAAGGCCUUCUCCCGACCGCUGCUAAAAUGCGUUAGCUCAGAGGAUGCGGAAUAUAUAUUGGAGGAAGUGCAUCAAGGAUCUUGCGGGGGACACCUGGGUGGCCGCUCGCUGGCAAGUAAGAUCCUCUAG